GAGAAUUAUCCGCCCUCUGGAUCUAGGGACGGGGUGUGUGUGUGUGUGUGUGUUUAUGUGUGAGCCAGUGUGUGUGUGUGUGUGUGUGUGUGUCUUGGAGUUGUCCGCCCCUCGGCCGAGCGAGCCCCUUUUGCAAAGACCCCAACCCGGGUCUUCCCGGCAGCCCCCCAACCCUCUUGGCACGGCUCCCCGGGCGCGCCGGCAGCCGCUUUCGCUUUGCGCGUCUCUCGCCUUGGAGACGGCCGGCUGGCUGCUGGGGCGGACGGGCUCGUGUUCCCGGGGGGACUCUAUUUCCAGUCGGGCUCAACCCGGCAGCGCUAGGGGGAGCGGAGAGGCGGUUGCACCGGCCGAGGACGGCGGCGGCGGGGAGGGCACCAUGCGGGCGGCGGCGGGCACGGCUUUGCAAGGGCUCUUCGCCGUCUACAAGCCGCCGGGCGUGCACUGGAUGACGGUCACGGAGACGGUGAAGCUGCACCUGAUCAAGGACAUUUCAUGACCCAACUAGGUAACAUCAUCAGGGCUAGAAGGAAGUGGGGUUUGCAAGAAGACGGUGGAAUCUUCGGUGCUGUCUGAGCUUGGUUGUUCUCUUGCAGACAUUUCAUGACCCAACUAGGCUUAAACGCGUUAAAGCAGCCAGAACCUUGUCAACAAAUAUGCUUUCAACCCAGUGUGGCCGAAAAAGAGACCGGGAAGGAAUUAACCUUGACGGUUAGCCAGGUUCCUAAGCUGGCUGACCAUCCUUUAGUUUCGGGACCGGUUUUUACGCAGUUAAAUGUUGGAGCAGGCCCUCGUCUGGACAUGCACUCGUCCGGUGUGUUUGUACUCGGCGUGGGUCACGGCACGAAGCUGCUCAAAGAUUGGUACAAUGCACAUCUUACCAGGGCCUACACCGUUAGCGGCUUGUUCGGCAAAGCCACGGACAAUUUCUCGGACACCGGGAAGCUGAUUGAGAAGAGCACAUUUGAUCACGUCACGCGGGAGAAGCUGGAGCGGAUUGUUUCGGUGAUCCAGGGAUCCAAUCACAAGGCUUUACUGCAGUGGGCUAACCUGGACUUGAAAACUCAAGAAGCCUACGAGUUGGCUGUCAAGGGCCUCAUUCGGCCCAUGGACAAUAGCCCGCCUCUGAUCACGGCUGUGCGAUGUCUCCGUUUUGAUCCACCGGAAUUCCAGCUGGAAAUUCACUGCUUGCACGAGACCCAACAGUAUCUCCGCAAGAUAGUUCACGAAAUAGGGUUGGAACUGAAGACUACGGCGGUGUGUACCCAAGUGAGGCGGUUUCGGGACGGCGUCCUUGUGCUGGAGGACGCACUGCUGAGGACACAGUGGGACCUCCCUAACAUCCAGCGGGCAAUUUUGCAAGUCAAACAGAAAGUAGACGCUGAACUUGAAAGCAGUCUUGCGCACCUGAAGCCUGGGGUGGAGGGUGAAAGAGACCGAAUCUGACCCAGAUCCAGAAUUCAAUAGGAAAUUUGCUAGAAUUCUCAGAAUAUUGGAGAAAAGCCUGAUGAAACAUUCCAAUUUUUAGCUUGGAUCAAAAAGUUCCAAGUUGGCACGUUCCUCUCUAAACAACAUGGCAAGGAUAUUGCAAUUUGAAAGAGAAAGGAAGGAAGGAAGAAGAGAAAGAAAAGAAAGAAAGAAAGAAAGAAA